CCCGCUGUCUCUGCUUUCAAUGCUCUGCUGAGUCUGCUUCUGCUUCUGCUUCUGCUCUGCCCUGCACUGCUGUCCUGCUCACACCACCUAACGCUUCUUCCUUGUCUACGGUACACGUGAUUGCAUUGCCGUGUACUGGAGACCUCCCCUCCUUGCCAAGCUUCGACCUCGACGAGCAUCUUCCAGGUUCCCUUCCUCAGGCUUCCUGUCUGCCCGCCCGGUCUCUGCCUUAGCCUUUAGGUAUACUUUCUUCUGACACCAUGAGUCGGCCUGACGGUGCAGAUCUCAAGCGAGUCACUUCAUACCAAUGGCCAGCAGGACACGUCGGACACCUCACCGAGAACCAACGCGCUGCUCUCGACAAGUUCAAGGCGCUCAGUGCCGAACAGGGAUACUAUGAUCCCGGCAAUCAUCACACUCCCGCCUCGCACGAUGACGAAACGAUGCUGCGCUACCUCCGUGCGAGAAAGUUUAAGCCGCAAGACGCCCUGAGCCAGUUCAAGGACACCGAAGACUGGCGCAAGCAGAAUGAGCUGGACCAGCUGUACGAAACCAUUGAUGUCGACGAGUACGAGCAGGCGCGCCGCCUCUACCCGCAAUGGACCGGCCGCAUGGACAAGCGCGGCAUCCCGCUGUACGUCUUCGAAGUCGCCAAUCUGAGCACCAAGGACAUCAAUGCACACCAGAAUGACGAUGACCGAAAGAAGGAGAAAAAGGCCAAGAAGGGCGACAAGGUGGACAUCAAGGCCAAGUCUCCCCGCAAGAUGCUGCGCCUGUUCGCCCUGUACGAGAACCUCUGUCGCUUUGUUCUUCCCCUCUGCUCAGCAGUGCCCAAUCGGCAGGCCACCGAGACGCCCGUCAGCCAGAGUGCAAACAUUGUAGAUCUCAGCAAGGUGGGCUUGAAGCAGUUCUGGGCCCUGCGAGCACAUUUGCAAGACAGCUCCGCCUUGGCUACCGCACACUACCCUGAGACUCUCGACCGCAUCUUCGUCAUUGGCGCCCCUUCGUUCUUCAACACCGUAUGGGACUGGGCCAAAGGCUGGUUUGAUCCCAUUACUGUCUCCAAGGUCUACGUUCUCAAUGAAAAAACUAUGCUCUCCGAACUCUCCAAGGUGGUUGACGUGGAAAAUAUCCCCAAAAAGUAUGGCGGCAAGCUGGACUGGAAUUUUGGAGAUAUGCCCUUUUUGGGACCAAACGUGACGGAAGCUCUCCGCUGGAAAGAGGUGGUAGAAGAGAAGGGACACAAGACGCUGCCAAAGGGCCCUAUCAGAUGGGAGUAUGACGCGGAUGGUGACUUGGUCGCCAUCGCAAUUGGUUCCGAGGGAGGGAAACUGAGAAAGCGUGUUUUGGCAGGUUUUCAUCCGGAUGCUGAUGUCGCUACGUUAGCCUUGAGUCCCGGGCGUCAGCAUCUGAAUCCUGCGAAUAGUGCUCUCUUCGCCACUCUCAGUCACCAGGGACGGAAGGCCAGUCACAGUGCAGAAUCGACAGCCGCCAACGGAUCUGCAAACAAACACUUGGACACCACCGACAACACUGACACUACAAACGUCAUGUCAGCAGACAACGUGAACCCACAGACGACCGAGGCUUCUGCCAUGCCUCUCGCAAAUGGAACGUCUCCAGUACCAACAAAUGGCCUCGACAAGUCCUCAGAACCAGUCGCAUCGCAAUCCAUCAACGGAGAUAACACUGAAGCCUUUACAGUGCCUUACCGAGAUACCCAACACGACAUUGCUCACCCACCCGAGGAUUCCAGACAAGGCACCUCCAGUACACGAAUGGAACAGCAGGAAGGCACUCACGCAGAAGGCCAACUCGAAAACGGCACACCUCAGAUUCGCAUCGAUGGACAGGGUACCAACCAUAGCGUGAUGGAACCUCGAACGGUGGGCCAAGCACCUAAAGAAACUGCCAUCACGAGAGAGGAGGAGCCUCAGCCGACGAUUGUGGAACAAGUGCAAGAUUAUGCCGGACAGGCUCAGGCUGCUGUAGUGAGCGCUGUAGGCAGUGUUGCCGGAGUGGUAGGAUUAGGUGGUGCACAGGCUCAAGCUGAAGAGAAGUCAAAGGAGAUUGCGGAGCAGGACACUCAUACCACUUCUACUGAGAUUGAUCGGAGUUUGGACAACAUGGAUCAGGCGCAGAUUGAAGAAUUUUUGAGGGCGAAGAAUAGUUCUGUGCCGGAGAAGUUGAAUGGGGAGAAAGUCCAAUCUACUACUUCGUGAGAGGGACGACAAGAGAACUUCGUACAGCAGAAGCGUCUUUGGAAAGCACAAUAGAACUGAAUUCUGCGGUCGCAUGCGCGCGACAAGGAAACAGGGCGUCGGGUGAAUAAUUCCCAAUAUCUGGACAGUGGGAUGGAACAUUAUUAUAUCUUGCGAGAGCAUCCUGGACAUGAGAUGUGAACAGUUCAUUAGCCGAGGAAUUAGAGGCGUACAGUACUGAGCUGUCUGUUCUGUCAAUGCUUUUACUUUGGGAAGAAGAAGAAGAAGAAGAAGGAAGACAGGCAAAUAUCGCAAGGCUUCUCGCAGACUCCAAGUAGGGUCCUCGCGAAUGGGUAUUCAUUCCGUGGAUGCGGCCAAUAGACCAGCACCACCAGAAGAUCUAACAGAAAUAUGUACAUAUGGAC